AUGACUCGGGAUGAUCUCUUCAACACCAAUGCCUCUAUCGUCCGUGACCUCGCCGCAGCUGUGGGCCGUGUUGCUCCUGAGGCCCACAUCCUCGUCAUCUCCAACCCCGUCAAUUCCACGGUCCCCAUUGUUGCCAAGACCCUCGAAAAAGCUGGUGUCUUUGAUCCCAAGCGUGUUUUCGGUGUCACCACCCUCGACGUUGUCCGUGCCGCCCGUUUCCUCUCCGAGGUUACAGGCGCCAAACCCAAUGAUACACCCGUCACUGUCGUUGGUGGACACAGUGGACCUACGAUCGUCCCUCUGCUCUCCCAGUCUAACUACGGAAAGGGCGUCAAGGGUGAGGUUUACGACAAGCUCGUUCACCGGAUUCAAUUUGGUGGAGAUGAGGUUGUGAAGGCAAAGGAUGGAGCUGGAAGUGCGACCUUGUCGAUGGCUUAUGCUGGUGCUAGGUUUACAAAUAGUUUGUUGAGGGGAUUGAAUGGCGAGAAGGGGGUUACUACGCCCACUUUCGUCAAGAGCCCACUGUUUGUUGACCGGGGGAUUGACUUCUUCUCGUCGAAUGUUGAACUUGGUCCCAACGGUGUUGAAAAAAUCCACCCUAUUGGACCCUUGUCGGCGGAGGAAGAGAAGCUCAUGGAGGCUUGCUUACCGGAGUUGAAGAAGAACAUAGAGAAGGGCAAGGCGUUCGUUGCUUAG